AUGUUGGCGCCGGCACGCAGGAUAGCUCUCUCGAGCUGCAAGGCUGCAUCGCCCCGCACGAUCAUCUUCACCGAGCAGGCGACUCGAUGCAUCAAGCCUGCUCAUGUAGCUAAGCGUCAUUUUCAUAGGACUCCGGCAAAUGAUUUCUACAAGGCAUUAUGGCAGUCAAUGCGAGUCAAGGUGCCUUGGGUGGAUGCCCUGGCUCAGAGCCGACAGCAAGCUGGACAAGCUACGAUUGAGGAUGGGGAGCCUGUGAAGCCGGACCUCACGCCAAGGAGGAUGUCUGAUAGCUAUUUUGCUGCUACACUUCCUCUUGCUGAAGAUAAGUGGCUGUUGGACGAGUACCUGAAUGCAUCUGGGCGUAUUCGUCUCGGUACGCUUUUCAUGGACUUGGAUGCUCUAGCCGGUGUGGUAGCCUACAACCAUACAGGUGAUACAGUAGCAACUGUUACCGCAGCUGUUGAUCGAAUCACACUCGUGAACCCGUUGAAAGAGAUUUGCAAUCUUCAACUCAGUGGUCAGGUGACCUAUGCCACAGGAAGAUCUAGCAUGGAGAUCUCUCUACAGGUUGCCAAAGCUCCUGCUGAAGGCGAGAAAGUUAAGGAUGAGGAUGUCUUGAUCACAUGUGCUUUUACUAUGGUAUCGUUGGAUCCGAAGACCAAAAAACCAGUUGCUGUGGCACCACUCUUGAUUGAGACGGAAGAAGAACGACGACUCUUCCAGAAAGGCGAAGAAAAUUACAACGCAAAGAAGGCUUUGAGGAAGAGGAGUUUCCUUGAACAGGCGCCUGACCAAGAAGAGAGUAACAUGAUUCACUCGAUGUGGACGACAGGCCAGCCUUACAAGGUCCCCGGAGCGGCCAUUCAACGCUCACCACGCAUCCAAAACAUGGACCGAACAGUCCUCCGAUCUGCCAUGAUCAUGCAACCCGAAGACCGCAACAGACACAACUUCAUGAUAUUCGGCGGUUUCCUCCUCCAACAAACCUUUGAACUCGCCUUCUGCUGCGCCGCCUCCUUCUCCCACACCCGACCCACAUUCGUCUCUCUCGACCCCAGCACAUUCGAAAACCCCGUCCCCGUCGGAAGCGUCCUCUACCUUAAAGCAACAGUAGCGUACACCGAGCCCCUCGUACGGACCGUCGACGGGGAAUCCAGCAAACGAACCCCUUACACCAAAGUACACGUCCGCGUAGACUCCAAAGUGCGUGAUGUCGAGCAUGCUACCAAGAACCCUACUGGUGUUUUCCACUAUACAUUCUUGGUUCCCAAUGAAGUACAGGUUAUGCCUACCAAGUACGCCGAGUAUAUGAUGUGGCUGGAUGCGCGUCGUCGGGCUCAGGAUCUGGAUCCGAUUAUUGCUUCGCGGUUUACAGAGGAUGAGACUUCAGCGCGUAUGGAUGGUGUAACGGAGUAA